GCUGCUGCAGGAGGAGGAGAAGAAGAAGAAGUUGGCGCUGUUAGCUCAACACUCAACUUUACAAACGGAGCCGUCGUUGAGCAGUUGGACCGGAGGGAUGGACAUCGACACGGCUUCACCGGACGCAGCCAAAGAUGUUCGGAUCAAAAUGGAACCAGACGGUGAUGUGGAGAUCCAGUCGUAUCCCGUCCUCAUGAAGCUUUGCGUCAAACUGACCGACUGCAGGCUGUGGCUACAGGGGCGGGACUUCCUGUCUCUUGACGACCACCCUCAGCUGUGUCCCCAGAGGCCGAGGCAGCACCGGCCGACCAACACGGGCAGGAAGAUGGUGUACUGCUGCGACUGUAACAAAGGCUUUUACAAACAGUCCCAUCUGGAGGCUCACCGCAGGACCCACCGAGGACAGAAACCCAACGAGUGCUGGCAGUGCGGGAAGACCUACCCGACCCUUAUGAGCCUCGUCGUCCACCAGCAGAUCCACGACCGCAAGGAGCCCUACCGCUGCUCCUACUGCGACAAGACUUUCGCCCUGAAGAGGGACUGGAAGACCCACCACCGGACGCACUCCGGCACCAAACCCUUCAAGUGCUGGUUCUGUGGGGAUGGCUUCAGCGAGCAGGGCGAGCUCAACGAUCACCUGGAGCAGCACAAGGGGGAGAAGUGCUACCACUGCAAAAUCUGCAACAAGAUGUUCGUCUCCUACCAGGGCUUCAACUUCCACCGCAAGUCGCACAAGAACCCGAAGCCGCUGCCCUGCCUCAAGUGCAAGAAGACCUUCAGCAACCCUCAGAGCCUGAAGCUCCACCAGGUGACCCACUCCAACAGGAAGCCGCACAAAUGCUCCACCUGCGGCAAAGGCUUCAAGCUGCUGAGCGGCCUGCGCUGCCACCAGCGAACCCACGAGGACCUGAAGGACUACCACUGCACUGAGUGCGGCAAGUGUUUCUCCAGCCUGCAGGGGCUGAAGCUGCACAACCGCACGCACACUGGACUCAAGCCCUACAAGUGCACAGAGUGCGGGAAGAGGUUCACCCAGUCACCGCACCUCAAGUCUCACAUGGUCACCCACACCGGAGAGCGACCGUUCCUCUGCAUCACCUGCGGCAAGAGAUUCACCCAGUCGUCCCACCUGAGGUCUCACAUCACACUGUUCCACGUGGGCGAGAAGCCAUUCACCUGCGACGACUGCGGCAAGAGCUUCACCAUCGCUCACUACCUGAAGAUGCACCGGCUGAGCCACACCAAGGAGAAGCUGUACCAGUGCUCAUACUGCGAGAAGUCCUUCUCCUACCACAAUUCCUGGAGGGCCCACGAGAGGAUCCACACCGGUGAGCGUCCCUUCACCUGCAGAGACUGCGGUCAAAGCUUCAUCACGUCGGGCUCGCUGCUGAGCCACCAGAGAUCCAAACACACGGGAGAGAAGAGCCACUACUGCAUCACCUGUGGAGAGUUCUUCUUCACCAGCUCGCUGCUGCGGGUCCACCAGCUCGACCACACCGGAGAGCGGCCGCAUGCCUGCAGCUGCGGCAAGACCUUUAAAACCAAAGGAGUGCUGCGCUACCACCUGAAAAGGUUCAUCCACCACCGGCCGGCCCAGUGAACGCCUGCUGCUGCUGCUGCUGCUGCUGCUGCUGCUGCUGCUGCUGCUGCUGCUGCUGCUGGGAGUGUGUAUGGAGGGCGGGGACAAAGGGACAGGUGCAUGCAGGUGGUCUAACAGGAAGUUAGUUAUUGUAGUUUAUCGGCAGAGGCACACAGAUCAUAGAAAUGAAGAUACUCCAACAGUCGUCUUCAUCACUCAGUGAAACACGUGUUGAUAUCAGUCAGUGAGGCUUCAUCUGAGUCAUCGUCCAUAAAUCAGCUGAGAAAUUGGAGAACAAACAGUUAUCAUGUUUUCUCCAGAGACAGUCACUCCCUCCACGACUUCACACUGUCUCACACUCAUUCAGCCAAUCCCUAUCAAGUCUGCACGACCUUGUCAUUUUGUCCAAUCACCACAACUUCACCACAAAUCAUUACCACAUACCACAGAGUGUUUAAAACAGUCACAUCUGGUUUUAUUGUAGAGCUGCGUGCGGCUCACUGAUCCGCUCAGCCCCACUCUGUUUAUCAUGACGCUGCUGCUCUGGGACAGACUCACUCGCACAGUGACAGGGAUAACUAUUAGCGUCACACGGCUAAUGCUACCCAGUGUUUAUGAAGGGGUUUAAUGACAGGUCGAGGUGUUAGGGCGUCGAUGUGAGCAACACUGGAACUCAAACAUGAAAGGCCCUUUUCCUGCAGCUCAGAGCAGGUGAAUCUGUCACAGUAAGAACACUCAUCAUUUAAGACACACAACCACAUUUAAAGGUCCAGUGUGUCAUAUUCAGGAGGAUUUAGUGGCGUCCAGCAGUGAAGAAACUUCUCCUGCUCAGAAUUCCUUCAGUGUUGAUUGUUCAGGAGCUGAAUGAUUCUCAGAGGAACAGACUAGGAAACACACUGAAGGAAGACGUUUCACAGUAAAACAUCUGUUUCUCAGAUGCUGUCUGGCUCGUCACAGCUGGGCCGCUCCGCACAGCACCUGAUAAUGUCCGCUCAACUUUUUUCUCUUUUAACUUCACAUUUAAAUAAAAUGUUUUUCUGAUGCUGCUCAUCAUGGAGGAGCUGCUAACCACGGUGUCCAACAUGAACACAUGAAUGUCUCUAUCUAGAGUCAGUGUUUGGUUUGUCCUUUCUGGGCUACUGUAGAAUCAUGGCGGUGCAACAUGGUGAUCUCUGUAGACGAGGACCUGCUCCCUGUGGAGAUAUAAACAUUAGAUUCUAUUUAAAUCUGACACACUGGAGCUUUAAGUGUCGACUGUAGAACGCUGUACGCAGAUUAGUGUUUAACUGUUGGAACUUUCUGACUUUUCAAACUAUCAAUUGUCUCAAGCUGUCGAAGGCACAGCGGACUCUCCUUCACCUGACGCUGACGCCACUGUCUGCCUCAUCUGUAAUGGAUUCUAUUCUUCCUGUAUCACCAGGUCGGCCUGUUUCAUCCUCACCGACCUGUCUGUCACCUUCCAAAUUUCACUCUGACGGUUGUAACAAAACAAACUUCGGACCAGCAAAGAUGUUUUUCAAAUAUUUGUCUUAUUUGACACCAAUAUGGAUUCAGAUAUUUUUUUUUAAAUUCUUAUCAUGGUAGAAGAAAGUCCUAAAAAAUAUCACAACAUAUGUCCUAAUGUUUUGUAGACAGGUUGCAGUGAGAUCAGACGUUUCAGGCUGCAACAAUCACAAAACAACCAGUGAAGUUGUUGAGUGACCGAAGAGCUCUGAGUCAAUCAGGUCAGAUCACUACCAACGUCACAGCGAUUUGUUGCUGCUCAGUUAUCAAAGGUUUUUCUCAUUGUUGUGGUUCUUUAAGGUCAAAGCUGCUUCUGAUGAACUCUGAACAUUUUAGUUUUUGUUGUUCAACCUUCCUGUUCUUUUUUUGUUUUUAACAGAAAAUGAAAUGAUUUAAAUGAUUAAAACGUCUUCUCUGUUUAAAAACUGUUGUUACAAAGAAUCAAACACUAAGAAACAUUCCAGAGACAAAAGUCCUGACACACAGAUCAACUCAGCGUUUUAGGAACGAUGUCUCAAACUGAAUCACUGACAGAUCGACUCUAAAGGAACAGUCCAACAUGUCUGUUCAACUGUCCUGUGCGGGUUGUAGUGCCAACGUAAACCAUCACUAUGAGGACUUUUCUGUAUUACGGGGACAUUACUACGUUGUGAGGACAUUACUACAUUGUGUUUGGUCCUCACCUCUUCAGAGGAAUGUUUAAGGGUUCAGGGUUAAGCUGCUGGCAGGUGAUGACGAGGGCAGGUGAUGGCGGCAGGUGAUGAGGGCGGGUGAUGGCGGCAGGUGAUGAGGGCGGGUGAUGGCGGCAGGUGAUGAGGGCAGAUGAUGGCGGCAGGUGAUGACGGCAGGUGAUGAGGGCAGGUGAUGGCGGCAGGUGAUGGCGGCAGGUGAUGGCAGCAGGUGAUGAGGGCAGGUGAUGGCGGCAGGUGAUGGCGGCAGGUGAUGGCAGCAGGUGAUGAGGGCAGGUGAUGACGGCAGGUGAUGAGGGCAGGUGAUGGCGGCAGGUGAUGGCAGCAGGUGAUGGCAGCAGGUGAUGAGGGCAGGUGAUGGCGGCAGGUGAUGGCGGCAGGUGAUGGCAGCAGGUGAUGAGGGCAGGUGAUGGCGGCAGGUGAUGAGGGCAGAUGAUGGCGGCAGGUGUCUCUGUGAAUGCCGGCAGAAGUGAACGUAACGUGAAGCUGCAGACUGAAACAAAACAACAGAAACCAGUGAAACGACCAAAGAGUUUUACGUAUGUGAACAACUUCCUGUCUGAUGUUUGGCGGACAUGGUGUCACAGGUCCAGUUUUUUUGUCCUGAUAAGUUUCCGGCGCUGUGACUCAGACACCGACAUCAUCAGCUCCUCCUCACGUUGUCUCUCUGCUUCACUGAUGCUGUGAAGCAAAAUCUGUGCACGAGGGCGGCAACCACUUCAUCCCCUGACGGCUGUGUUUAAAACGCCGAGAGGCGGUGAGUUACCACGGCGAUGUGGCGGUAGCUUCAGGAGCGAUGGAAUGUAACAGUGCGUGUCAGGUCAUGGAUGUUAAAACAAACACGUGUGAAAAACUUUACUUCCUGGGUUCAACGUGAACUGAACAAGUUUUUUUCUUUAAUCUCUGUUUGUGUUUUGGUGAUGUCAUCGUCCAACUGACCUCGGGUCAGAGGUCAAACGUGUCCCAGUGACCUCGCCCUCAGCAAAGGUUGAUGGGACAGAAUCUGAUCACGUCAGACGUACAGGCGUCAGAUCUGAUCAGCAGUGACGCUGAACUCUUGACUGAACGACUCGACUUCAUCCUCCAAUUAAAAUCAAGUUUAAAAGGCUUCAGCCAAUCAGGUGACUCCACUGCCAACAGAGACGUGACGCAGGACUUCAUGUGUAGACUUGAGACUGACUCGUGACCUGGUGAACAGUGACUUGGUCCUGUAUGAACAGAAACACGUUAAACAUCCUGUUUCUUCAUCAUCAUCAUCAUCAUCAUCAUCAUCAUCAUGUUCUUUCUUCUGUUAAACAAUAAAAACUGAAUAUUGAACAUGAA